AAUAAUUAAUUUAUUAAAUGGACUCAAAAAUUAUUCCACUUCAAAAUAUAGAUGAAUUCAAAUCAUCCAUUCUAAUUGAAGAAAGAGUGGCCAUUCUAAUAUUUACAGCAGAAUGGUUUAUAUUUGCAUUAUUUCUAGGUGUCAACCAAGUCUUAAUUUAGUUACUUUAAUGAAAAAAGAAUUAGAUUAAUAAAGAAAAAGAUUAAGUUAAUAAACAGGGGUUAUUAAUAUAUUUGUAGUUGAUCAUGAAAAAGAAGGAUGUUAUUAAAUAGUCAAAUAAUUUUCACCUACCACAUUACCUUAUGUAUACUUAUUUGAAAAAGGAAAAUAUAUUGCAUAAUUCGGUGGCUUAGAUGUCUUUGCAAUGAAUAAAUUAAUUAAGAAAGCUUUAGAAUCAUCAAGAGCACUAUGA